UACAGCAGCAUCCCAAAUGUAACAUUUCCAUAUCCUCACUCAACUCGCCCCUCUCCUGGCACCAACCGCUCUUAUGUCGCUCUUAUGGAUAGACCAGAACACCCAAGUCUUACUCUGUCAGCGUGCCAGAGUCAUGUUAUUGUACCUGUUAAAAGAGCCAGAAACGAUGGCGGGGAAAAAGAAAAUGAUGACCCCGAGCGUAAGUGGAAGCGCGGGUUUAGACUGAAAUGGAAUUUAACCUCCUGGGAGAGUUGUGUUAAAUGCAAAACAAGUGGCGGCAGAUGCGAAGGACGUGAUGGAUGUUUUCGAUGCAUCUGUUCUGAUGGAAAAGCACAUGCGUACACUUGCAAAAAAGGAAACGACGCACCUUUGAGGAUUGGAUUAGGUUGUGGAUUUGGUGCCUUGGCCAGUAUUUUUCUCUGUUCAUGCAUCUACAAGAUCCGGCACAAAGAACAGCAUUGCUUCUCAAUAUUCCGCUCAAGACACGCUUCUUCCGAUUCUUCCUUGAAAGCAGAUGUUGAAGUGGGCAAUGUAUACUUCGGGGUCUCCAUUUUUACUGAAGCCGAGCUUGAAGAAACUACUAACCGUUUCGAUUCUACCCGGGAGCUCGGAGAUGGAGGUUUUGGAAUUGUGUACUAUGGCAAACUUCGAGAUGGCCGGGAAGUAGCUGUUAAGCGUCUAUACAAGCACAACUAUCGGCAGGUGAAGCAGUUCGUGACUGAAGUCGAAAUCCUAAGUCGCUUGCGCCACAAAAACCUCGUCUCUUUAUAUGGUUGCACUUCGUGGCACAGCCGUGAACUCCUACUGGUCUAUGAGUACAUCCCAAACGGCACAGUAGCCGAUCAUCUGCAUGGGGAGCGAGCGAAGCAGGUCUCUCUCCUGUGGCCUACUCGUAUUAGCAUCGCCAUAGAAACAGCCACCGCAUUGGCUUACCUUCAUGCACCUGACACCAUCCACCGUGACGUGAAGACUAAUAACAUCCUCCUUGACAAUAACUUCAGCGUCAAAGUAGCAGAUUUUGGCCUUUCUCGGCUGUUCCCCAAUGAUGUGAGCCACGUGUCAACCACUCCUCAGGGGACGCCAGGUUAUUUGGACCCCAAGUACCAUCAAUGUUACCAGCUCACGCAGAAGAGUGAUGUCUACAGUUUUGGGGUUGUGUUAGUGGAACUCAUAUCGUCCAUGCCGGCGGUCGAUAUAAGCCGAGACAGGCAUGAGAUUAAUUUGGCCAACUUAGCAACUAGCAAGAUACGGAACCACGGGUUCCGCAAAUUGAUCGAUCCAAAUUUGGGGUUUGAGUCAGAUCCCGAAAUCAAUAGGAUGAUCAGGACUGUGGCCGAGCUGGCUUUCAAGUGCUUGCAACAGGACAAGGACGUAAGGCCCUCCAUGGAGACUGUCCUGGAGGAGUUGAAGGCAAUUUCGAGCGGGACACAUGAACCUGGCAAGUCGAAGGAUGUGAGCUAUGAUAACAGCACCGGUCAAAGCAAGAACCGGCCUCCUUCGCCGGAAUGUGACAAUGUGGAGCUGUUGAAGAAUGUGAAGUCGCUGACUUCACCUGUUUCCGCGACUCAAAAAUGGGGAAGCAGUGGUAGUUCUUCUGUACGUAGUGUUUAG